UCACAUUUCUCCAUCCUACCACAGCUGCUCAAUUGCACGAUGGUUUUGCCUGUUCCUCUUUUCCAGAUUGCGCCGGUGGUCCAGAACUAUGACUGGGGAGUGAAUGGCAAGGACGCUCUCGUCGCCCAAUUCGCCGCCUCAACACCCAAUUCGAACACGGAGAUCUCUAAAGAUAAGCCAUAUGCCGAGUUAUGGAUGGGUACCCUUCACCAUCCCGCUACCGAGAUCAGCUCUGGACGUCCCUUGAAGGAAUUGUUGGACGACAACGAGGCAUUAUUGUCAAAGACAGUCAAUGAUAAGUAUGGAGACUUGCCAUUUUUGCUCAAGAUCCUGUCUGUGGGAAAGGCGUUGAGUAUUCAAGCACACCCGGAUAAGACUUUGGCGAAGAAGUUGCACGCGGAUGAUCCGAAGAACUACAAAGAUGACAACCAUAAGCCCGAGAUGGCUAUCGCACUUACCGACUUCGAGGGGUUCUGCGGUUUCCGGCCCGUGAACGAGAUUGCCUCUUUCCUCUCCGCCGUCCCUGCGUUACGCUCAAUUAUCGGCGAGGAGAUUGCCGUGAAGUUUCAGAAGACUGUCAAGGGUAAGGAGGACUCGAAGGAUGAGGAGGUCGUUAAGGCUAACAAGGCCGCGCUCCGAUCCGUGUUCGAGUCCCUCAUGACCAAGUCUGAGGAUGAGAUCGCAAACCUCCUGAUCCGUCUUAACGAGCAAUUCCCCAAGGAUGUUGGGCUCUUCUGCACCUUCCUCCUCAACUACUGCAAGCUGAAGCCCGGAGAGGCGAUGUUCCUCCGCGCUCUCGACAUUCACGCGUAUCUUUCCGGAGACAUCGUCGAGUGCAUGGCCGCAUCUGACAAUGUCGUUCGUGCUGGUUUCACUCCCAAGUUCAAGGACGUGAAGAACCUUGUCUCCAUGCUGACCUAUAACUACGCGGGUCCCACAGAGCAGAAGAUGAAGCCCGAGAACUUCGAGAGGGCGAGUGGAAAGACGACCCUAUACGACCCUCCAAUUGAGGAGUUCUCUGUUUUGCGCACGGUGUUGGGACAAGGCGAGAAGGAGACUACGAAGGGAUUGCAGGGACCAAGUAUCGUCAUUGCUACCAAGGGUAGUGGAAGCAUCAAGGUUGGAAACGAGAAGAAGGAGGUUAAGGGGGGAUACGUGUUCUUUGUCGGUGCCGAUGCUGAGGUGGAGUUGGAGAGCAGCAGCGAGGAGUUUGUUCUUCACAGGGCUUUCGCCGAGGUCUAG